AUGGAUGAGACUUAUCUCCAUUCCUGCUUUUCUCACUCCGGCGAGGUUUCUUCUGUGAAAGUUAUUCGUAACAAGCUAACUAGUCAGUCAGAAGGGUAUGGGUUUGUUGAGUUUCAUUCACGUGCUGCAGCUGAAGAGGUACUUCAGAACUAUAGUGGUUCAGUGAUGCCGAAUUCGGACCAGCCCUUCCGGCUAAACUGGGCGUCUUUCAGUACUGGUGAGAAAAGAGCGGUAGAAAACGGGCUAGAGCUAUCGAUAUUUGUUGGGGAUUUGUCUCCAGAUGUGACUGACUCUUUAUUGCAAGAGUUGUUUGUUGAGAGAUAUCCGUCGGUCAAAAGCGCGAAAGUUGUGAUCGAUUCCAACACAGGCCGGUCCAAAGGUUACGGCUUUGUUAGGUUUGGUGAUGAAAACGAGAGGUCAAGGGCUUUGACAGAGAUGAAUGGAGCUUUCUGUUCAAACAGACAAAUGCGCGUAAAUAUUGCAACCCCCAAAAGAGCGGUUGCUAAUCCGCAUCAACAUUCUUCCCAAGCUCUGAUAUUGGCUGGUGGACAUGGAGCAAAUGGAUCCAUGGGUCAUGGCUCGCAGUCUGAUGGCGAAUCAAAUAACGCAACAAUAUUCGUAGGCGGCCUUGACCCUGAUGUUACUGAUGAAGACCUCAGAGAACCUUUUUCCCGGUUUGGCGAGGUUGUUUCAGUGAAGAUCCCAGUAGGCAAAGGAUGCGGAUUUGUUCAAUUCGCUAACAGGAAAGGUGCUGAAGAUGCUAUCGAGAGUUUGAACGGGACAGUCAUUGGCAAGAACACUGUCAGGCUCUCAUGGGGAAGAAGUCCAAACAAGCAGUGGAGAGGAGACUCAGGGCCGCAGUGGAAUGGAGGCUACUCGCGAGGACAACAAGGUUACAACAAUGGAGGAUAUGCUAAUUAUCAAGACUCCAACAACAUGUAUCCCACGGAGACUUGA